AUGUCUGUGUUUUAUAACUGUUUCAAUAAAUGCAUAGUAAUUGUUCUUUACGGAGCACAUAGCGGGUAUUCAAUACAAAAUGGCGAUGUUUGUUCAUGUGUUGAAAUCAAGACAUCACCAUCUAGACCCCAAUUGACAUUAACAACUACACCUAAAUCAACACCAUCAAGUAACAACGGUAGCAAGACUACUUCGGUACCAUCUACAUCUAAAUCAACACCUACAAGAAGCAACGCUAACAAGACUUCUUCGGCACCAACUACACCAAAAUCAACACUUACAAGUAGCAACGCUAGCAAGAUUACUUCGCCAUUAACUACACCUACGUCAACACUUACAAGUACAAACGCUAGCAAUACUACUUCGGCACCAGCUACACCUAAAUCGGCACUUACAAGUACAAACGCUAGCAAUACUACUUCGGCACCAGCUACACCUAAAUCAACACUUACAAGUACAAACGCUAGCAAUACUACUUCGGCACCAGCUACACCUAAAUCAACACUUACAAAUACAAACGCUAGCAAUACUACUUCUGUACCAACUACACCUAAAUCAGCACUUACUAGUUCAAACGCUAGCAAUACUACUUCGGCACCAGCUACACCUACGUCAACACUUACUAGUACAAACGCUAGCAAUACUACUUCGGCAUCAACUACACCUACGUCAACACUUACAAGUACAAACGCUAGAAAUACUACUUCGGCACCAGCUACACCUACGUCAACACUUACAAGUACAAACGCUAGCAAUACUACUUCGGCACCAGCUACACCUACGUCAACACUUACAAGUACAAACGCUAGCAAUACUACUUCGGCACCAACUACACCUACGACAACACUUACAAGUACAAACGCUAGCAAUACUACUUCGGCACCAGCUACACCUUCAUCAACACUUACAAGUACAAACGCUAGCAAUACUACUUCGGCACCAGCUACACCUACGUCAACACUUACAAGUACAAACGCUAGCAAUACUACUUCGGCACCAGCUACACCUACGUCAACACCGACAAGUACAAACGCUAGCAAUACUACUUCGGCACCAGCUACACCUACGUCAACACUUACUAGUACAAACGCUAGCAAUACUACUUCGGUACCAGCUACACCUACGUCAACACUUACAAGUAAAAACGCUAGCAAUACUACUUCGGCACCAGCUACACCUACGUCAACACUUACAAGUAAAAACGCUAGCAAUACUACUUCGGCACCAGCUACACCUACGUCAACACUUACAAGUACAAACGCUAGCAAUACUACUUCGGCACCAGCUACACCUACGUCAACACUUACAAGUACAAACGCUAGCAAUACUACUUCGGCACCAGCUACACCUAAAUCAACACUUACAAGUUCGAACGCUAGCAAUACAACUUCUGUACCAACUACACCUAUAUCGGCACUUACUAGUACAAACGCUAGCAAUACUACUUCGGCACCAGCUACACCUACGUCAACACUUACUAGUACAAACGCUAGCAAUACUACUUCGGCACCAACUACACCUACGUCAACACUUACAAGUACAAACGCUAGCAAUACUACUUCGGCACCAGCUACACCUACGUCAACACUUACAAGUACAAACGCUAGCAAUACUACUUCGGCACCAGCUACACCUACCUACACCCACGUCAACACUUACAAGUACAAACGCUAG